UGCAGUUUGUCAACAGUGUAGUUACGGUAACAGCUAUGAACCUGCAGCUUAAAGAUAGAGACGACGUCGCUGAUACCGUCGAGAAGCUCAAGCAGAAAUAUUUGGAGAAGAGGAAACAGUCAUCACCAGCAGAGGACAUUACCUCCGGAACCACUGAUGAGGCAGCACAAAGGCUCUUAUUAGCCAGCAGAUCCAAACAGCCAACCAAAGAGUUGAAAUGCUACAGCAAAGCUUUACAUGAGCUGUUCAAAGCAGUUACCAACCAUCCCAACCAGUUUGGCAGUGAUCGUGGUCUCCAUGGCAGUAGUGAGGACCUGAGUGAGGACUCUAAUGCUGCCCCACUUCAGGACUCUCAGGUGCUGUUUACAGAGACAGAUGUGACCUUGCCCUCCUAUCUGGAUGGCAGCCCGGGGUCCCAGGAAAUCGAGACCGACAGGGAUUCGCAGAGAGCUUGGCAACUUCCUGACUCGUGCCAUUCCUCCUCCUUAGUACUAGCAAAGGUGUACCGGGAGAUGAUGACCAUCUAUGAACAACUUAAGGCAGAGCGACAAAGCCAGCAGCAGUGGGAGAGGGAGCUACAGGAGCGAGAGAGGAGGCUGAAGCAACAGGAGGAAGCUUUUGGGAGGCUGGCCGGGCUGGAGGAGAUGCUACACACUCGCAUAGUAUCUGUAGAGGAGAAACACAAGCAAGAGGUGAGCCAGCUGCAGGAUCUUCUUCGAGAGAGGACAAAGGAAAACAAGAGGCUCAAGUCCAACUUUGACACCAUCAAGGAGCUGAAUGACAACAUGAAGAAACAGCUGAAUGAGAUCAGUGAGCAGAAUAAAAAGUUGGAGAACCAAUCCAAGAGGGUGCAGGCUCGACUUGAAAACCUACAGAGGAAAUAUGAGCUCAGCAUGGCAACAAGAGGCUGUCAGAAAGUGAGCGUUAAGGGCACAGAGUGUAUAAAACCAUCCAAAAAGGAGAAAGCUGCUGCCACUGGAAAACCUAGCAACAAGGGCAGCUCCAGUCCCACCUCAACAAAGCUUCUCGCACUUCUACUGGACUGGGUACUACUUGACGGGCAGACGCUCUCCUCCAUAGCAGGAAACGAAGGGAAAGGUGCCAGCCAGUGUCUGCCGCCAGAGGUCGUGCUCAAUGAGAGAUGCCUUAAGGUGCUGCCGCUUUUAGCAGAUCAGCUUCAUCGUAGUCCUUUAUCAGAACCUGACCUCCUCCUCAACCUUCUUCGCCUCAUCCACUGGGCUUUGAGACACAUGGACAGCAGUACACAGCAUGUAACGCUGUCUGCCACCCUGCGGCGGAUAGGAGAGGAAGUGUCAAAGCCUCCAACCCAGCUAAUGGUACCUCAGUCUGAAGAUCCGGACCUGCCCAAUUCCUGCAGUGGGGCUGCAGGUGGUCCCUACAGGAGCUGGCCCCUUUAUCGUAGCCCCUGUCCUCACACACGGAUCCUCUCCACCCUCAUCAUCCUCCGCACUGUCACACAAGCUGACAUACUGGCCCAGGCUCUGGACAGUCUUCAUACUGAGCUGAUGUGCGAGGAGAGCCGAGGUCUAUUCAUCCACUGUGGAGGAGUGUGCGUGCUGCUGUGGAUGCUUCGGGCUGGCCGCGGAGGUCUGAACACACCCGUAGACAUCCUGAUGCAGCUAACUGAGCAGUCCCGCUACUUAAAUCCCUUCCUGGAGUCAUGUAGCUGUGAGGAGUUCUUUCGCACGGCCUCCCAGCUUCUCACAAACCCUUGUCUGGAGCUGCCAUCGCUGGAGAAGCUUUCCAUCCUUCUACAGAAGCUCUCUAGCAUGAGGAAGAAUCGCCGUCUGUUUGAACUGUUCUCCCUCCACCACCAAAUACAAGAACUCUAUCACAAAGCCAACCGCACACACACCUUCCUCUGCCUCAACCUCAGGUCUAUCCUCCACAACCUCAGAUAGCACACACACACUCUCUCACACUCACACUCACAUUUGUUUUGCUGUUUUAUGCUGUCUCAGCCUCUUUAAAAUUUCCCACUUAGGAUAAAGAUGACUUGCCUUGCGUUUAGGGCUGGGUAUUGGUACUUUGUACUUUAGAGGUAUUGACCAAAUCAAGUUGGUAUCAAGUAAGAUUAAAACAUCUCCAUUAAAACGAAACCUGCAUUUCAUUGUUUUUGCACCAGAGGUCUGAUCCUGAACUACCCCCCCCAAAAAAAAAAAAACAGCAGACUUUCUGUGACAGCCAUCUCCAGAGUCGCUUCCUCCCAGUGAGCUACAUAGCUGCAGCACAGGCUAACAUCAACACAAUGCUGCAAUUAGUCCCGACAACUCACGGCGACACUGAAACAGCUCGACUCUGUUGAUAAACCCGUUGAUGAAAAGCAUUGUGAUACUAACAGUUAGCCUUUCCACUGUGUUUGUGCGGCCGGACUCUCACAACUUUCCCUUUUGUGAAGCUCAUACUUAGCAGCCAUAGCAGCAGCUUCAGACUCUCUGUUUACCAGAUGUCACAACAAAUUUAACAAAAUAUCAGCGUCUAACAACUUUGGUGGCCAGCUGGGUUGUUUUAAGAGGAUGAAAGAGGUGUUGUGUCAGUAUACUGGGUGCCAUAAUCCUCCCGUUCUAUAGAACGAGUGUCGUGACUCUCUUUUUCCACUUCUCUCUCUCUAUCCAUCUCUCUCUCUCUCUCUCUCUCUCUCUCUCUCUCUCUCUCUCUCUCUCUCUCUCUAGUGAUGAGAGAAAAUUAAAGUCUAUGCAAUUAAUUGAAGUUUUACAGAAUAUACACCACUUUAUUUACCACUCUGUUGAUGUUGGUAUUGUUUUAAAGGUACUAUAUCGGUACUGGUAUUGUAAGUUUUUAAACGAUAUCCAGCCCUACGUGUGCUUCAGUACUUCAGCAUGCUGCUUUGACUUUCAUGCGCGUUUAAACUUUAAUAACCACUUUUCUAACUGUCCAGUACUUCAAGGCUCCAUCCGGCUCUACCUCAAACUAACAUAUGCAGACGCACAUUCUUUAUUUAUGUAGCAAUGUGUUUUGGAAUUUCUUUUAUCUGUCAGAAGUACUUUUUUAGUGUUGUGUAUGUUUUGCUCUUUGUGACCCAUCUGUUUUUGUG